AUAUUUCAUGUUAUUUAACCUAUUUUAUGCCGCCCCCUAGCAAACGGCACUAAAAACUUUAAAAAUUGUUAUGGCGGAAGGUGGUUCCGGAGGAAUUUUGUGUCGUUAUUUUGCCAAUGGGGCUUGCAGAGAGGGAAACAAUUGCCCUUUUUCUCAUGACAGAUCAUCAGGAAGACCAGACACUAUUUGUAGGUACUACCUUCAAGGACGCUGUGUUUUUGAUAGUGUUUGCAGGUAUGAACACAUUCAUCCCACCAGGUUUCUUUUCAACCAAUCACAGACUACUAGUGGACAGACAGACAGAGUUCUUGGACAACAACCUUCAUGUUUAUCACAGGGAAUAAAACAUAACCAGCUGGUAACGACUGCAUCACAGUCUUCUAACUCUGAUCUUUCUCCAAGUUCAGAAUCAUUAUUGAGUAGAAUGACUAUACUUAAGAACCAAAGCCAAUCUGCUGAUAGUGGGAUAGGAGAGGAAGGAUCUAUUGUGCCAGUUUCAUCAGAAUGGGUUAAUGCCCCAGAGUUUGUACCUUGCUCCUUAAUCCAGUCUUGUGUGGAUAAGGUAAAAUCAAACGAUGGUGUUCAUCAUUCACCGACACUACCUUCUAAUUCUUAUGGUCUUUUGUGUCCAUACAAUCUGGGUUAUGAAUGUUCAUUUGGAGCUGACUGUGACUACUUACAUGGAGAUGUGUGUGAUAUCUGUGGUAGAGAUAUUUUACAUCCUCAAGAUGAGAAACAGAGAAAUCAACAUCGAGAUGAGUGUUUAAAGGAAUUGGAACGAGACAUGGAAAUCUCUUUUGCUAUUCAGCGGAGUGUUGGGAAAUGUUGUGGGAUAUGUAUGGAGACUGUGCUGGAUAAACAGCCACCAAAGGAAAGGCGGUUUGGAAUUUUAGAAAAAUGUAAUCAUGUCUUCUGUCUUAGUUGCAUUCGUAAGUGGAGGAGCACCAAACAAUUCUCAUCAAAAAUUAUCAGAGCCUGUCCGGAAUGUAGAGUUCCAUCAGACUUUGUUACACCAAGCCAAUAUUGGGUGGAGGAAAAGGAAGAGAAGAAGAAAAUAAUUGAAAAUUACAAAGAAGCCUUGAGUACAAAACCAUGUAAGUACUUUAAACAAGGACAAGGUGUGUGUCCAUUUGCUGGAGCUUGUUUCUAUCUGCAUGCUUAUCCAGAUGGCAGGAAAGCUGAACUUCCACCUCCCAGACCUCGUCGUCGAAGGAACCAUGGAGAACUAGAGACAUUUGAUAGGAUAUUCUUGUGGGAUUUCUUUGAUAUCCAUGAUGACCAGAUACUGUUUCACUUGGAUAUUGAAGAUAUGUUUGACUUGUUCACCGACACUGAUGAAGAAUCAGAGUAUAGUGAUUUGGACUUAUAGGAAAUGUUUCUUAGUUUUCAGUUUUUAGUAUACCUCAUAAAAAAGAAAAAAAAAAGAAAGAAAAAGAAAAAAAUUGGCAUCACUGGGCACCUCAGGAGUUAAGAGCAAAAGUUUGUUAGAUGAAUCAGUUUUACUGUAUAUGUGUUUCUUUGGCCUUUUUAUGUUAUGUUGUGAUACGGUUUUGUAUAAGUUUGAUAAUAUUUAGAAAAUAAAUCAAGCUAUCUUUGUUUGUUAUUGGACAUUUAGUUUUAGAAUUUUAAAACUAAGACUUGUGGUUUGUUAAUGUCUGUUUAACUUGUAGUGUUUGUUUUAUUUUCAGAAACUUUUAAGGUGAAAAAACUUCAUGAUCAUACAAAACUUCAGCAACUAAAGAUUGUGUGUGUAUGACUUAUGAUAUUUCAAUUCUGCUGUGUAGAGAUUAUAGGUUUUGUAAUGUGUUUUUUGUAACUUUAUGUGAUUAUUUUUGUCAGUUUUUAUAAAUCAUGCCUCUGUUUUUUACCCCGGAGGUUCAUCUAUCACUUGAACAUAUGACAGGGUAACCUUAUUUCUUAUUAGACUGACAUUUUAAUAAAAACUGUAAUUUUGGAAUGAGUUUUUGUACCAGUUUUUAUUGUUUUAUGCACACAAAAUGUGUUUGUGUUAAUAUGUUUAUACACUGUUCAACAGUAUUGGUGCAACCUUAAUAGCUGUUGUUCCAAAUUUCUUCAAUCGUGUUUUCAAUAAAUUGUUUUAUUUUCAAAUUCUGGAGAAUUACCUUGCUAUUAAAUAUAGUUUUGAGUCUCUUAGUACAUUUAGGUGUAAAUCAGCAUUUUUAGUUUUUACUGAAACAAUAAGACAUAUUUGAAAUUUGUUUGUUGUCCUAUAACAAGUCUAUUGUAGGAAUCUCAGUGUAACUGAUAUAUUCCUGUUUUUACCACCAAUUUAAAAAAUAUUUUCAGACAAUAGUUGUUUGUACUUUUUUCUCUCUCUCUCUUUUUCCUGUGUAGAGAAAUUAAUCAUGUGCAAUAUUCUUGCUUAUUAAAGAUAUAUUAUUUCAUCAGUUCUUUAGUAUAAAAAAAUAUACUAAUUAUAUUAACUUUAAAUCUUAUUAAGUACAAAAUAUUGUGGCUUAAGUCUCAUACAUAAUCUGUGGAAUAGUUGAUAUAGAACAUAUCAACUUUUUUCUAUAGUUCAUAAUCUGCAAAGUAGUUAAAAAGCUUUCAUUUCAUCUCUGGGAAUUUUACUUGUAUCAUUUCAGUAAACUAAUUGUAAGUUCCAUUACCUUUCAUGAUUUGUAAAUUCUAAAUUUAAUCAUUUGUAAUUGAUGUGUAAUUUGGCAAAAAUUAUCUUUAGAAUUUUCUUUGGAAUGGAAAAUGUAUUUGUAGAAACUUGUAUUACUGUAAAUUAUAGAUAUUUUAUUCGGUAAUUAAACCUGAAA